AUGAUUGCUGAAACAUCGCCCACGCAGCUGGCCGCCUUCCUCGUCCUCCUGAGGGCCAAGGGAGAAACGGCGGAGGAGAUUGCCGGACUGGCGCAGGCCAUGCUGGAAUUGGGGUUGCGCGUGGACACGCCACACGACGUGGUGGACAUCGUGGGGACCGGCGGCGACGGCAUUGGCUCCGUGAACAUCUCCACGGGGGCAUGCGUGGUGGCGGCUGCCGCGGGUGCGCGCGUGGCCAAGCACGGCAACCGCUCCGUCUCGAGCCUGUGUGGGAGCGCAGAUGUCCUGGAGGCCCUGGGGGUGACUGUGGAGCUGGACGCAGCGGGGGUGGCCCGCUGUAUCGAUGAGGUCGGCGUGGGCUUCAUGUACGCGCCGGUCUUCCACCCGGCCAUGAAGGCGGUGGUGCCGGUGCGCAGGGCGCUGAAGAUCCGCACCGUAUUCAACCUGCUGGGCCCACUGCUGAACCCUGCGCACGCCGCCUAUGGCUUGGUCGGAGUCUACUCGCCCAGCAUAUCCCACGUCAUGGCGGAUGCCUUGCAGCGAUUGGGCACCCAGCGCUCGCUGGUGGUGCACUCCAUGGGGCUGGACGAGCUGACCCCGCUGGGCCCUGCCUCGGUGGUGGAGGUGACGCAGGCCGGGAAGCGGGAGUACUCCCUGGAGCCGCGGGACCUGGGCAUCCCCCGGGCCACGGUGGAGGACCUCAAGGGCGGGGACGCGAGGCUGAACGCCGCCAUACUCGAGGACGUGUUUGGCGGGGGGCGGGGGCCCGUGGCGGACGCGCUGAACCUCAACGCGGGCGUGGCGCUGUGCGCCGCCGGCGUGGUGGCCAGCGCGGAGGACGGCGUCGCGCUGGCGCAGGAAACGCAAAGGCGGGGGGCGCCGGGGGAGACGCUCGCGCGCUGGAGGGCGGUAUCCGCGAGUUGCUCCACGGUCGCAUGA